AAUGUUACCGAAGAAAUUCGUUAGUGUGUGCUUUGAUUUUACUCUAAUCCCAAUGCAAACGAUAUAAAAAAAAACAAAUAUCAGGAUUCAGGAUUAUUGUAUUUAGUUAAUUUAAUCGCUGAUUAAAAAUGAAGGCCAUCUUCUCGCUACUCGUCGCCUUGGUUCCAUGCGCUCUGGGAAAGCCUGGUUACGCUCAACCCGCUAUCUACGCACCGCACGCAGUCGAUUAUUACGCCCAUCCUAAAUAUGCUUUUAAAUACGGCGUUUCUGAUCCGCACACUGGUGACCAUAAAAGCCAGCACGAGAGCCGUGACGGAGAUGUGGUGAAAGGACAGUACUCUUUGGUGGAACCAGAUGGUUCUGUUCGUACAGUGGAUUACACUGCAGAUCCAGUCAAUGGUUUCAAUGCUGUGGUGUCGAAGAGUGCGCCAUCUGUGCAUGCCCAGCCAAUCAUCAAGCAGGUGGUACCAGGUAUUGUCCAACCGGUGGCGCCUGUUUUAAAGACACCAAUUAUACCAGCAGCUCCGAUUUACCACAAAACAGUACAACAAGUUUACCCCAGUGUGUACGAAGACCAAGGAUAUUAUGGAUCAUACGACUCGGGGCUGUUGGGUCACACUGGUUACAACGAAUACGAUCUUGAUGGUUAUUAUGGCGACAUCCAUGGUGGACAUUACUGAUGCAUUCUAAAUAAUCCGAGACAGCAUCCCAGAAGAAUACAUUAA